AUGGUGUCAACGAGAAAGAGAAGACACAUCGAGGUGGAAGUCGACGUAAUUCCAGCUGCUUUAGUACCUUCUCUAUCGGUACCUGCAACACCAAGCUCGCAAGAGAUGCCUGCAACACCAAAGAAGGCCAAGACAUCAACCCCAAAGAAACGAACUCCUAUAAAGACACCCGUAAAGAGGAAUCCUCCUGAUAACUGGAAGGAAAUCUACGACUUAAUCAAGGUAUUUAGAGACGCAAAUCCAGCUGUAGUUGAUACUAUGGGCUGUGAACGUCUGGGUGAUGACACCCAGUCCGAAAAGGUCUUUCGUUUCCAGACUCUAAUCGCAUUAAUGCUAUCGUCGCAAACCAAGGAUGAAACAACCGCAGCAGCCAUGGCCAACCUAAAAUCUCAUCAACCGGGCGGUUUAACGGUCGAAACUGUGCUAGCAAUGGACGACAGACAACUGGACGGAUACAUCUGCAAAGUGGGAUUCCACAAUCGCAAAACCAUUUAUAUAAAGCAAGCUGCUCAAAUAAUACAGGAUGACUAUGACGGCGACAUACCGCCAACCGUCGAGAAACUGAUGGAAUUACCAGGUGUCGGGCCAAAGAUGGCUUAUUUGUGUAUGCAGUGCGCAUGGAAUAAGAAUGAUGGUGUUGGAGUUGAUACUCAUGUUCAUCGUAUCAGUAAUCGCUUGGGCUGGGUGAAAACUGCUGAGAAGGAUCCAGAAUACACGCGUCUGGAACUAGAAUCGUGGUUGCCUUCUGACUAUUGGGCUCAACUCAAUCCUCUAUUGGUUGGUUUUGGGCAGACAUUAUGUCGACCUAUUGGUCCCAAAUGUACAGAGUGUCCUGCCAAAGACCUUUGUCCAAAAGUCGGAACAAAGCCUCGUACCCCAAAGAAGUGA